AUGGGUUUCUUCUUCUCCAAGGUCAUCCGGUAUUUAGUGCUUCUCUAUAUCGUUUACAGUGGUGCGCAAUAUUGGCUACGAUGGAAGUCAUAUGGGUUUUCACCGAAGGAAUUCCGCACAAUUGCAGCUAAAGCGCUAGGGCCGUCUGGAGAUGAGGUCCUUGCCAGAGAGUUGGCACGGAAAUAUGGCAACGCAAUUGUCCCGGAUUCGAAGUGGGCAUCCGUACGAGCUGGUGGUCUCAACUUGAGAAUAAAACUUCUCCACGUCUCGUUAACCGAAUAUGUAGCUGUCAUUUCUUCAUCUUUCCCGACAACCGGACGUUCUGGCUUCCAUUGGAGCAACUCAACUUGCACGGUACUUUCGGGUGCUCUUGGACGACAUGAGGAUCUCGGUGGUAACAUGAAGGAGCAGUUCAAGGCUGGCGAUAACUUCCGACAGGGACAAUUCGACUCGUUCGUCUACUCAUUCGGUGAAGACACGGCUAUUGCUUGCUAUGGCCGAGGAGUAGUUCCGGUUUCUGCUCUCUGGACCACCGUCGGCUCGAUUACCACUGGAGACCCCGCCCUAGUUGGACGUCAACUUCUCAGCUUUGGAGAAGUCUACUUCCACAGUUUUGUGCAAUCCGCCUCAAACUUGUUCGACUAUUACCAGAAGAAAGCCAAAUCCGAACUU